AUGAGGCCCAAAUCCGCCUCCGAUUCGCGACGAGGCAGCCCACGGAGCGAGUUGGCCUCGCCCGAGCUCGACCCAGAGGCCGGAGGAUCCCUCCGUCCACCACGCUGGGCCCGGCAGACGUCCCGGUACAGCAACACCUCCUCCUCCUCUGCCGGCCACCCGCCAUACCGUGACGACGAGGAUCCAGCGUACGGCCACGGCGUCGAGAUGAGCGAGGUCGCAGCCGCCGCCGGCCUACCGCUCCCCGCCUUUUCCCGCGACUCGUCCGGCCGCGUCACGUCCAUGGCCAGCUCCAACAUGCUCUCGAUCUCUGGCAGCGACUACGACUCCGUCUACCAGCUCUGGCGCAACAGCGGCACCCCGUCCACCCUGGCUGCCAGCGACCGCCGCGGCUCCUACAUGUCUGCAGCGACGAGGGAAGCAUCGGCGGCCGACCUGGCCAUGAUCGAGCAGUACCGGUCCGGCACCCUGCCCGCCGGCAGCGGCGGUAGUGGCGGCGGCGGAGGCCGUGCCAAGGGCUUCGUUGGGCUGACCAGGGGCCAGGGCGGUGCAAAGGGCCCCAAGGACUAUCGCGCCGUCGGCCUGGGCAAGUACGGUCCGGGCAAGGACCGGCAGAUGUCGAGGAAGAAGAGGUGGCUCAUCGCCCUCGGCGCCGUGCUGGCCCUGAUAGUGCUGGCCGUCGUCAUCGUGGUCCCGCUCUCGCAGACGGUCUUCAAGAGCCAGGACGGCUCGUCUUCUGCCAGCAAGGACGGCGGCGACGUGGCCGGCAGUGGCGGCAAGGGUAGCAAGGACGGGUCGGACGCCGCUGGCAACAAGCCGGCCGUCGAUCCAAAGGAGCUGGUCGCGACGUGGGGUACCGACGGAUCCACCAUCAACCUCGACAACGGCAAGAGCUUCACGUACAGGAACAGUUUCGGCGGCCACUGGGCCUCGCAGCCGCUCAACGACACCGCUAGAGCGCAGAACUACACGCCCCCGCUCAACGAAGAGUUCGACUACAGCACAAACAGGAUCCUCGGCGUGAACCUGGGCGGCUGGCUCGUGACGGAGCCCUUCAUCGUGCCGGCGCUCUACGAGCCCUACGAGAACGAGACGCAGCCCGCGGUCGACGAGUUUACCCUGUCGCAAAGGUACCGCGAAGAAGGCGGCCUCGAGCGCCUGCGUUCGAGGAUGACGGAACACUACGAGACGUUUAUCACGGAAAAGGACUUUGCGGACAUCGCCGCCGCGGGCCUCAACUGGGUGCGCAUCCCCAUCGGCUUCUGGGCCAUCGAGACGCUCGACAACGAGCCGUUCCUGCCCCAGGUGUCGUGGACCUACCUGCUGCGCGCCAUCGGGUGGGCGCGAAAGUACGGCCUGCGCAUCAACCUCGACCUGCACGCCACGAGCGGCAGCCAGAACGGAUACAACCACAGCGGGCGGCUGGGCAAGGUCAACUUCCUGAUGGGGCCCAUGGGGUACGCCAACGGCCAGCGCACGCUGGCGUACAUUGAGCGGAUCGCCGAGUUCAUCAGCCAGCCGUCGGUGCGCAACGUGGUGCCGAUGCUGAGCGUCGUCAACGAGCCGCUGGUGCUCCAGAUUGGCGAGGAGGCGGCGCGCGCGUGGUACUCGGCCGUCUACCAGCGUGUGCGCAGCAUCACGGGCGAGGGCAGGGGCAAGGGCCCCUACCUCGUCAUCCACGACGGCUUCCUGUCGCUGUCGAGCUGGAACGGCUUCCUCUCGGGCGCCGACCGCGUGGCGUGGGACACGCACCCCUACCUCGCCUUUGGCCAGCAGAACAACGAUGCCUGGGACCAGCAGAUCAUGAAGCCGUGCCAGCAGUACGGCCCCAUCACCGACAACGGCCGCGCCAACCUCGGCGUGACCAUGGGCGGCGAGACGUCGCUGGCCGUCAACGACUGCGGCCUGUUUGUCAACGGCGUCGGCGACGGCGCGCGCUACGACGGCUCGUACCGCGGGCCGUCACCCGGCAACUUCCCACGUGUCGGCAGCUGCCGCGUCUGGGACGACUGGGAAAACUACAGCGACGAGAUGAAGACCGGGCUGAGGCGGUUCGCGCUCAACGCCAUGGACAGCCUGCACAACUUCUUCUUCUGGACCUGGCGGAUCGGCGACUCGCUGCGGACGGGCAAGCCGACGAGCCCGAUGUGGUCGUACCAGCUCGGGCUGGAGCAGGGCUGGAUGCCGCGCGACCCGCUGCGCUCGUCGUCGGGCUCGUGCCAGGCCCAGGCGGCGCGGCUCAACGCCUUUACGCCGCAGACGACGCACCAGACGGCCAUUGUGGCGGGCGACCCCAACCCGUCGCCGUCGUUUGGCGCCUGGACCGACGCCGGCGCCGCCAGGCCCAUGUACACGCCCAUCUCGGGCUGCCGCUAUCCCGCCGAUCAGUACGACCUAUCGGGCUGGAGCGGCUCCGGCUGGCCCUGCGGCGGCGGCGGCGGCGGCAACGGCCGAAGGGAUGUCGACGAUGUGGGCCCGACGCCGCGACCGUAG